AGGUUUCAAAGGGGGGGGGGGGAAACCGGUGACCAGACGGCUCUUGAAAAAGAUGACACAACUCUGGUUUACACCCGCAGUGAGCAACUCCCCGGUGGUGCAUAUCGCGUAACCGUCCAAGUUGCUGAUAUUCUCGGCAACGUCGGUGAAGGUUCUGUUGAAUUCGCUAUCAGUGGUACUAUUCCCACCGUUGCGAUUCACUCCCCUGCUUCAGGUCAAACCUUCGAGCACGGCGAACCGCUUAUCAGUGGUGAAUUUUCGGGCGCAUGUGCUGUUGAAGUAACGACAUUUACUCUCAACGAUGUAGCUGCAACACCAGAGGUAGAUGGAAAUCGAUUCUCAUAUACCCCUGAGGCAGCACUCACCGAUGGGAAUCACACGGUUGUCGUUGAAGUCACUGAUGGUGACGGCAAAACGGCGGAAACAUCUGUUACCUUUACGGUAGCAGUACCGAAAGAUACGUCGCCGCCUGUCAUCUCUGAAGCCGCUCCGUCUGGAGUUAUCAAAGGCGAUAGCUGGAUAACACUCUCAGCGGUUGUCACUGAUGAACAAUCCAGUGUCGUGAGUGCGAAGUUCGGUGUUGACGAUAAACCAUUCCGAUCCAUCCCGCUUGCGCAAAUCGCUCAAGGGCGCAUCCAGACUGCAGAGAGUUUCACGGCAGGCACGCACACCGUAAGGCUCAUCGCAAUCAGUGAAGGUGGUACGACCGAACAUUCGUGGACUUUCACACUCGUUGUUGAUAACGUCGCACCGAGCAUUACCUCGAUCUCUCCGACAGGAACUAUCCGUGGCGGACUUCCAACGAUCUCCGCAAGUGCCAACGACGAAUCAGGCGUUGACGAAAUCGAUAUUGUCCUGAUGGAUAGCGACGGUAAAGAGGUGAAAGGCGAUACCGAAGAUGAUGGCGAAGACGAUGUCGAAGGUAUCACACGUUUGGAUUUCAAUCCUGAAGAGCCCCUUGAUGAGGGAACUUACUCGAUUGAGGCACGUCUGACCGAACGCCGGCCGCAGAUUUCGAUAACCUACGCAGAUGCUGAAUCUGGUGUAGAUAUGGAUUCUAUCCGCUUCGUUCUGGACGACAACCUGAUUAACCUCAAACCGAACCAGAAGUCCGCAUCACAGGUGAUAUACACCCCAGAUGUCGAACUCGCUUUCGGGCAACAUACGGUCAAACUUGAAGUGUCUGACAUGGCGCAUGAAGAGGGCAAUGUCUCUGAAAAGAGCAGUGGUGCCCGUGAAGCGAACAUGGCAGUCCACGAGUUUACUUUCUUUGUUGAGAGUGAGGAAGGUCCAGUAUUGGCAUCUCGUCCGAUUAAUGCACCCAACCCGUUCAAGGAGAACACUCGUAUCUCCUUCACACUGACUCGACAAUCCACAGUGAGCAUUGUCAUUUACGACAUGACGCUCCGACCUGUCCGAGUCCUUGUCGAUAAUGAGGUUUGGGACGCAGGCGAGUACAUUGGCAAGGGCGCAAUCGGUUGGGACGGAACCAGCACUGCUGGUGAAGAUUUAGCUCGAGGCGUUUACUUCUGUCAAAUUAUGGUAGCAGAUGGUUUUGAACCAGAGUAUGCUAUUCUCAAACUCGCACUGACGCGCUAA